UUGCGAUUUGGUCAUAUUUGCGCUUGCUGUAUUCAGUAGAAGUACAUUUGAAUGCAAACUUGGUGACAUCUGAUUUUUGCGUUGUUAUAAAAUUAAACUGCUGCUUUGGAUUAGAGUAGAAUUAGAAUCAUUGCCUUGGUUGGAAUCGAAAGCGCCUGCCUGGUACACACAACAAGUAGACAUAGAAAUUGUUGAGACAUUCACAUCCAAACUAAGCAUUUGCUCCGUGCUUGCUUUUCGAGAGCAAAUAAGUCUAGUUGACUGGCUCAAUUUAAACUUCCAACGGCUAAAACGCGCUGCAGAUCACAUCACAUUGGCAUCAAAAGUUAGUAAUACUAGUAGAUAUAAUAGUUAGACAUAUUAUAAAACAACUUGCGAACUAAGUUUGCCCAGAGAAACUUCACAUCCGAUCCCAUUCUGCCGUGUUUUGGUGCAAUCGUUGCUAACCAACAAGAACGACACUACAGAGCAGCUGCAACUUAAUUAACCUCUAGAACCUACAACAAUCUAGACCGAGUAGAUCCAAAAUGUCCAGUGGAAUUGGAGUGAGCCAUGACAUCAUUAAGGAGUACAAUGACUUCAAGAUGAAGAGUGCGGCGGAGAACCCGGUGUGUAUGGUGUUCAAACUGAGUGAUGAUCUGAAGGAGAUUUUGAUGGACUCGGAGUUGAAUGCCCUAGUGCCCAAGGUGGACAAGAAGUCGGACGACGAGCAGCUCAACAGGACUCACCUUGACUUCCUCAAGGAGCAACUAGUAGACGCGGAGCCGCGAUUCAUCGUGUUCGACUUCCGAUUCACCCGUCCUGACGGCACACCCACCGACAAGAUCGGCUACAUGUUCUGGUGUUCAGACAACGCCCCAGUGAAGAAGAGGAUGACAUAUGCAUCCACCAACACCGUCCUCAAGAAGAAACUCGAGUGCGGCGCAGAGUUCCAGGUUAACGACAAGGCUGACAUGGACUACAAUGAUUUCAAGUCGGAUCUAAACAAGAACAAGUAGACAAGAUGAGAUGAGCGAAGAUGAAGUAACGACUGGCCACGACAGGAGAGGAGCUACCUAACCUGUCGCUGUACCAACAAAAACAACAUCCAAUACAUUCCCCAAAAACAACAACAACUGACACACUCUAGUAAUUUGUGAAACGCAAUGGGCUGCUUCAUUAGCAGCUGCAGCAAUUCACAUAAUUUAAAAAAAUCGAAAAUCGCUUCUGGCGAGUCUAUCCAUAUCUUAUCAGCGAAUAAGAACGAUUAAUUACGAUCAAGUACGCGUGCUAGUUGAUGCAGCAGCCCAUUUGAUGAUGUCAAGUAAAAGUGUAAAGUGAUAAUAAAUGCACAAAAGAUCUUUCUUUGCAUACGGUAUUGUAAUGAAUUCUGCUAGUUUCUCUGACACUUUUUUUAAUUUGCGGAAUAAACUAUUAUUUUAA